AUGCUCAAAACCCAGCUUGAAGCUAAACCCAUAAGUCUACCACCUAAAAUAUCAAGUGAUAAAAGUAUUGGAACAUUCAGUUCCGUGCCCUCUGGCAGCAGUUCAAUUUCUCACCUUAGUGCAUCUUACUCUUCUAAUCCUCUGAUGCAGUCACAUAACUUGAUGCUGAAUCCACCCUUGUCUGUCACAGCAUUUUCUGGUUCCAUUACCAAUGUUUCAAAUUCAGGAUCAUGUUCAGCUGCUGUGUUGCCAACAUCUUCAGAGUUAAGUGAUGAAUGCCCUUCCAAGAAACUAUGUAUGAAAGCACCUCUGAAUGUACGAGUAAGAAAAGUUUCCAGGCAAGGUCUUCAGAGUGUGAAAGAUUGGGUAUCUGGAAGUCUUGAAUCUACAUACAAAUCAGAUCCAUGUUCCAGAAGUUCAGUUGAAAGUCAGUCUGUCAAUAACAGAACUUCCCUGCCAGAAAACAAAAGCAGCCUGUACACUCCACAAAGUCUUCUGAACAAAUAC